AUGUCGACCCUCUAUGUGACCGAGCCGCCGACCGACGGCAAGGUGCUACUACACACGCCGAAGGGCGAAAUUGAGAUCGAGCUGUGGUCCAAAGAAGCGCCCAAGGCUUGCCGCAACUUUGUCGCACUCGCCCUCGAGGGCUACUAUGAUCAAUGUGUGUGGCACCGCAUCGUGCCCGGCUUUAUUAUCCAGACGGGCGAUCCGACCGGGACAGGCCACGGCGGCGAAUCGUUCUAUGGCGCGCCAUUUGAAAAUGAGCGCCACCAGCGCCUCCGAUUCCAUCGCCGGGGCCUCGUGGCGAUGGCCAAUACCGGCGAACACAACACGAAUGAAAGCCAGUUUUUCAUCACGCUCGACGCGACGCCCGAGCUGCAAAACAAGUACACGAUCUUUGGAUGCGUAGGAGGCUCUACCAUUUACAAUGUGCUGUCGCUUGCCGACGUCGAGAUAUCCGCGACAGAGCCGGACAGGCCCGUAUACCCGCCCAAGCUCCUGCGUGCCGAAGUGAUCCACCAUCCGUUUACGGACCUCGUGCCACGAAUCACGCCAGCUGAGCGUCAGGCUCAGCAAGAAGCGCGCGCGUUGGCCGCUCAGCGCCAGGGCACCAUGGAGCGUCAACGAAAACGACCCAAGAAGAAUACCACGCUCCUCAGCUUUGGCGAUGAAGAAGAUGCGCCGCUCGUGACUGAAAAGAAGCCCAUGAGCAGUCACGAUUUGCUCCACGAUAAGCGCCUCAGCAAAGCAACUAUGCUCUCGAGCAAGCCAGCCACCAAGCCCCAGCCUCCGCCCAGGCUAGAGCCAGCGCCUGAGCCUGAGCCUACGCCCUCGCCCGAGCCAGCGCCCGAGCCUACGGCUCAGCCCUCGCACGAGCUCACGGCACCACGCCCACCGACUUCCUCGGCUCCCGCUCCCUCCUCCGUGAGCUCCUUGGCCGCUCUCCUGCAAGCCUACAAAAAGGACCGCGGCCACGAACAUGAUACCCUAUCCCGUCUCGACGCAUUCCAAAAACGCAUGCGAUCAGAGGCACCGGCGCCCCAGCGACAUGCGCGCUCGCGUGAGGCAGAGAGCGAAGACGAGCAGGAUAUGCGCGAGUAUGGCGACGACGAGGACGACGACGCAGAUUGGCGGUCCCAUACAUUCCAGUCGGAUGGUAGGCCGCUGCAGGGGAACGACCCUUUGUCCGUGCACGACUACCAAGUCGUCGAUCCACGCGCCUCCAGGGGCUCCUUGCCUGCCUCGCUCAGCUCGCAUCGCGAGAGACAGGCACACGAAAAAGCACGCGCACCAUAG